AUGCGCUUCAAGGCGUCGAUACAGAACAUCACCACCUUCACGAAGCUGACGGCGUCGCUCAAUUCGCUCGGCCCGCUUGCGUGGGUCAAGCUCAGCGACGACCAGGUGUGCUUCACCAUCAUACCGGAGCAGGGCACGCAGGUGUGGGCCGCCCUGUCCAUUGACACCAUCUUCGAGACGUACACGGUCCAGUCGGCAGCCAACAAUGUCAUCAACCUCGAGGUCCCGCUCGGCCCGCUCAAUCGCGCCCUCAAGUCGGCAUUGAAUGCGACGUCGGCCCAGAUCCGCCUCACGAAGAAGGACAGCAUGCCGCUGCUCGCCCUCACCAUCGUGACCACCUCGUCCUCGAACUCGUACUCCGCAUUCCCCACAGGCGCCAGCAAUGACGGUGGCCUUGACGCGCCCUUUGACGACUCGUUCGGCGGCGGCAACCGCGAGACCAUCAUCACCCAGGAAGUGCCUGUUAGGGUGCUCGCGCCGGAUACAGUGGCAGGGCUGCACGAACCGCAGUGCCGGGAGCCUGAUGUGCACAUCAUCCUACCGCCGCUCCUACAGCUGAAAAGUAUCAGCGACCGAUUCACAAAGCUUGCACUCGCAGGAGCGAGGUCAGGACCAGGCAGCACGGCAUCAAGAACGAGACUAGAAAUGGCUGCGAACAUGCAUGGGUGCCUCAAGAUGAGCAUAAAGACGGAUGCCAUGAGCAUUUCGUCCGUCUGGACCGACUUGAGCAACCCGGAACUAGAUCCAGGUCAAGUGGCUGGAGGAGAAAUCGGCAUCUCGGAGCACCCUAGUACGAGAAUGAAACUGCUCGGCUCUGCUGAUGGACGCAGCGAGGAAGGAUGGGCAUCAGUGAGGAUAGAUGGACGCGACUGGGGAAAGGUGAUGAGUGUGGGUAGGCUCGGAGGGAGAGUCAUCGCAUGUUUUUGCCAUGAGCAUGCGCUAAUCCUAUAUGUCUACCUGCCCAGCGACAACGGCGAAGAUGAAUCGGUCCUAACGGUACGUGACCUCGCACUUGCUUUUCUGAUCACUCCUUUGAACAACUAA